CACAACACGUUUUUGUUUGAGAGGUUGUUAGCAAUGAUUUAUUUUACCUCAGUUUUGACACCUUCCAAAUGGACCAGAAAACAGAAAACGACACAAAUUAGAAAAGGUUGAUUGUGUUGUACAAUUAAAGCAACACAAGGGUUCUAGUUGACAAUUUUUUCUUUUACUGGGCUUUUUCUUGUUCCUUUUCGGGAAUGAAGCAGAGGUCACUUAAAGUUUAUUGUAUUCUUUAGAUUGUGUGAAUGGCCAUUGUCAGCUACUACUAGCUGGCUCUUAGAAAAAAAAAAGGAAGAAAUAAAAAAUAAAUCGUAAAUCAAAUUAACCAGAAAAUGUACCAUUAGUUGUAUUAGCAUAAAAAUAGUUAACAUAUUGUAUCCAAAAUAAACUGAAGAUUAAAUUGCUCUGAAAACGUACAGCAGAUAGGAAAUUUCAGCUUUUCAAGCAUAACUAAUUUAUAUGAAAAAAGUUCCACUUUAUGGCCAUAAUUCUUGUUCUUGCUCCGUGGUUUUAAAAUGAAAGAAGCCAACAACUCUGGCAAUAAUUCUUUUGAAAAGCUGUUGGCGUCGAAUGAAACCCUGCUACCACAACAGCCAGCAGCUGCCACGGAUGUAGCUACGGCCAUUAUUGUUACAAUUCUGAUUUUGAUUUCGAUUCUGUCAGUGUUUGGCAAUGCCCUCGUGUUGGCUGCGAUCUACAUGAACUACAACCUGCGAACAGUGGGUAAUUUCCUCUUUGGUAACCUAGCUUUGUCGGAUUUUCUUCAAGGUGCAAUUGCGAUUCCUUGUCGUAUUGCGGAGUUGUUGUACGCCGACUGUAAUUUUCGCCAUUUGUUCUGUCCCGCCUCAAUAGCUCUAUCCAUUCUUUUCGGUGGCAGCUCAAACCUCACCAUUCUUUUUAUCAGCGUCGAAAGGUUUGUUGGAGUUCGGUGGCCAUUCCUCUACUACUCUUUCAUAACAACAAAAUUUGUUUUUACAGUGAUCACUUUCACCUGGGUUUUAUUAGCAAUCUUUGCCAGCCUUCCUUUGUUCGCUUGGGGCGGGUUGACAAACUACCAAGCUAAUUUGUGUCGUUUUCCACUGUUUUUGACCUCAAAUUACAUCACUGCCCUCUAUCUCGUCCUUUACAUCGUACCAAUGUGCAUCAUAGUUCCGCUUUACACCUUCAUUCUCAAAGCGAGUUUGAAAAGUAUUCGGAAAAUUCACAUCCAGGAACUGAGCGUCCGAACGCCAGCUGCAAGAGUAAAUGAAAUCGACGUUGAAGAAACCGAUGCUACUGCUCCCCGGGUCCGAAGGACAACUGAUCAGGCAGCAAGGCAGAGGAAGUCUGCAAAAACUGUAUCUCUUGUUGUUGGAUUGUUCAUCCUUCUGAUAAUGCCCAUCGUUGUCAUUGAUAUUGUGGAAAUCCUCGGGGGCCCGAAGGUGUCCCUCUUGGUCAUCAGAAUAGCCGUGGGGAUGGCGUAUGCGAACCAUUUUCUUAACAUUUUCAUCUAUGCAGGCUGCAGUGGUGAAUACAAGCGGGCAUUUGCGAAGAUUUUGUCAAGAUUAAGAAGUUACUUUACAAAAAAUUCGCAAUAAAUUUACUUGGUAAACUAGAUUGCAAAUGAAUGCAGACAGGGAAAAGGCUCACGAAAGCCUCAUCUCAAAAACCUGAGCUGGACAGGUAUCUAACAAAAAAUGAAUGCCGUUCACACAUAGAUGAUGACGUUUUUGAGAGACUAACAAUUCGAGAAAAGAAUUUCUUACUAAUGUAAUUUAGCGGUUGAUAAUGUUUGGUUUUUUUGAAUUAUUAUUUUACGAGUUCCAAUCAGUGUUUCAGACUUUCCCCAACAGAUAUAACAAGACCGCAGUUAGUUUGCACUUCAAUUAACUUGUUUGUUUUGCAGGGGAAGGAUCCAGUGGUUUUAGAAACUUGGCGGUGAGAAAAGGUUUAACACGUUUAAGUUUACAACGCGUGUGGUAACAUUCUGAGCGAAGAAGAACUGGCUAAGUCUAAAAAAUAUCUUGGGAUAGACUACCUGGGAAAUAAGGCCUGUAUGGGGGUUAACUCUCUGAUCCUUCACUUUCUCUUGAUCCCAUGUAAAAUUCAAGCUAAUGAAAUUAACUAACGUCUGCAUGUUUUGAUGUUUUCUGCAAUGCUCUGUUUGACCAUAGAUAACUUUUAGAUUGCAAUUCAAACAAAUGACGAACCAAAAACAAAGCAUUCCAAUUGGCUGGUCUUUGUUUUCAGCCCUCUUAGCAGUCUUGCGUAAGUCAAACCAAAGCAAA